AUGUCGGGCUGGGCGGACGAGCGCGGCGGCGAGGGCGACGGGCGCAUCUACGUGGGCAACCUUCCGACCGACGUGCGCGAGAAGGACCUCGAGGAUCUGUUUUACAAGUACGGCCGCAUCCGCGAGAUCGAGCUCAAGAACCGGCACGGCCUCGUGCCCUUCGCCUUCGUGCGCUUCGAGGACCCGCGAGAUGCUGAGGAUGCCAUCUAUGGAAGGAACGGUUAUGACUAUGGCCAGUGCCGACUCCGUGUGGAAUUCCCCAGGACCUACGGAGGUCGGGGUGGGUGGCCCCGUGGUGCCAGAAACGGGCCUCCUACAAGACGGUCAGAUUUCCGAGUUCUUGUUUCAGGACUUCCUCCGUCAGGAAGCUGGCAGGACCUGAAGGAUCACAUGCGCGAAGCUGGGGAUGUCUGUUAUGCAGACGUACAGAAGGAUGGAAUGGGGAUGGUUGAAUAUUUGAGAAAAGAAGACAUGGAGUACGCUCUGCGUAAACUGGACGACACCAAAUUCCGCUCUCACGAGGGUGAGACUUCCUACAUCCGAGUGUAUCCUGAGAGGAGCACCAGCUAUGGCUACUCCCGGUCACGGUCUGGGUCCAGGGGCCGAGACUCUCCAUACCAAAGCCGGGGCUCGCCACACUACUUCUCUCCUUUCAGGCCCUACUGAGGAGGUGGUGGGAAGGCGCUCUUCAGUUUUUGAGAUGAGCUGCUUUGUGCUCAGAAGCUACAUUCCAGAUUGAUAAUUUAGUGUCUUAGGAAAAAUUUUUAAUUUCUUUUUUUUUUUUUUCUUUUUUUUGGUUUUUCGAGACAGGGUUUCUCUGUGUAGUUCUGGCUGUCCUGGAACUCAUU